AUGGGGAAGAUCACCUUCUACGAGGACCGGGGCUUCCAAGGCCGCCACUACGAGUGCAGCAGCGACCACCCCAACCUGCAGCCCUACUUCAGCCGCUGCAACUCCAUCCGCGUGGACAGCGGCUGCUGGAUGCUCUAUGAGCAGCCCAACUUCUCUGGCUGCCAGUACUUCCUGCGGCGCGGCGACUACCCCGACUACCAGCAGUGGAUGGGCCUCAGCGAUUCGAUCCGCUCCUGCCGCCUCAUCCCCCACACCAGCACCCACCGGCUGAGGGUCUGACGAGAGGACUACAGAGGCCAGAUGGUGGAGAUCUCGGAGGACUGCUCCUCACUCCAUGACCGCUUCCACUUCAGUGAGAUCCACUCCUUCCAUGUCCUGGAGGGCUGGUGGGUCCUCUAUGAGAUGCCCAACUACCGGGGGCGGCAGUACCUGCUGCGGCCGGGGGACUACAGGCGCUACCAUGACUGGGGGGCUCUGGAUGCCCGAGUGGGCUCCUUAAGGAGGGCCAUGGAUUUCUAUUGAAAUAUUUAUACUCUAACCUUUUC